AUGAACGUCGAGGGUGCUCAGUUUGUCUCCACAGGCACAGACGUAACUGUGGACUUUCUAAACAUAUUUACUGGAAAGACCUACGGAACAUUCGCUUCAUUUGCAACAGAUAUGAAUUCUUUCAUGGCGCUCUCACGUACAUCCUACAAAAAGGCCAAAACACUAUACUUUCCAGAGGGUUCUUCCGAAAGACGUACAAUAGUGUAUCGAGCCAUGAAGCUAAGCUGCCAACAUUCUGCCUGUGUGGUGAAUAAUACCAACGAAUUUGUGAAGUGGUUUGCCGCAGGUUCUUUUGAAACAUUUCAUGACUUCAAGCACACUCUGGAUCUUUUUUCAGAGGAGACAGGGAGCCAAUUCAAGGUGAGGAAUAGUGUUCUAUUUCCGCCCGACACCCGUGAAUCAACAACUCUCGUGUAUAAAGUUGUAAGCCUCAAGUGUAUACACGGAGGAAGUUAUACUAGUGUCGCAAUUCGACCGCGACCGGGAAAAACAAAGUGUAUAGGGUGUCUAGCGAACAUCACUGCCAAAGCAAAGGAUGGUCGUCUAGUGGUUGUAAGAGCUAGGCUCCGGCACAAUCACGCUCUCAUACCGCGCUCUGCAGAUAAUGAGGGCUCGUUCGAGGAUUAUCAAUUCAAGUUUGGAGUUGGGGGAGAGGAGGAAUCAGGCUUCGAUCAGUCCGAAACAUCUCUAGUGGAUCGCCUUGAGAUUGUGGAUCCCCUCCUUCAAAGGCUGCGGGAACGGGUCAUCUCGAGAAAUAAUGACCCAAAGUGGUUCUCAGCUUUCCUCGAUCUCAUGGUUGACGUCGAUCAGAUAACAGAUGAUCCUGAUUUCCCAUCUGAAUCUAUUGAAAGUUUCUACACGAAGUACAGACGUCCGCGACAUGACUCUCCUUCACCAUGCUACAAUUUCAAGAAUCCCAGGCAAUCGAGAUUCGGUGUCACAAAGCAAGAUGAAAAUGUUAGAUAA